GAUGGAUCCAAAGAGUAGGGCGGUGUGUAAAGCGUGAGCCAGCGGUGGCUGUGGUGACACUCACACACAGUCUCACUCUCACACAGCUUCGAUGAAGUUCUCCUUAUGGACGGUGUUCGUCUUAGCAACAGUAUCUGUUCUUCCCUCUUCAUGCUCCCAAUCCCAAUGGCAGAUCCUCACCAAACACAAUUUCUCUUCUCAGAUCCGUCUCCAUCCUCACCUCCUCCUCCUCGUCACGCUUCCCUGGUCCGGCGAGUCUCGAUCGCUCAUGAACGACGUCUCGCUCGCCGUCUCCGCCGCGCCGCGGGAGUUCGCCUCGCUGAAACUCACGCUCAUGCACAGGAACGUCGAGAGGGUUCUGGCGGAUUCCGUAGGCGCUACCGAUGAAACUACGAUCGUUUAUUUCCACUAUUCGGUGUCGUACAGGUACCGAGGGAGACUCCGAGCUCGGAAUAUUCUGUCGUCGUUGUAUCCUUAUAUGUCGCUUGCGCCCGAGGAGGUUCCGCUUAAAGCGCUCAACACUCCUCUGGAUUUCAGAUUGUUCGUUGAUUCCACGGACAGAGCUAUUGUUCUCGUUGACCUUUGUGGAUGGACGCCCAAGCUGCUCGCCACAAGUACUAAAGAUAACGGAACGCAGAAUGGUUUCAGCGUGCUCGGUGAGUGGAAUCACCAUGGAAUGGGUUUUACCAGAGGGAAUAAUAGAAUGCAUGUGUCAAGGGGGAAGACUAACAAGAAGGUGGCUGAGGAGGACAUGUGCAAGGCUGAACUUGGCGUUGAUAAAGGGUUUUGUGAAGCUCCUUGGCUGGGGGAGCUUACCUCAUUAAAUUAUGAUCCUUUGGAGGGUGCCAAGGAUAGGAAUAAUCAUGUUCUACAUUCUUGUUCCUCUGAAGAAUUUGAGCGGUUUCAUUCUUUUUACUUGAAAUUCAUGACUACUGUGAGAGAAUUCUUUUUGCCUCCAGAGCGGAAUAGAUUUGGCUUGGUUUCAAAUAGGUCGAUGCUUUCAACCCUAGGUGUUGAUGAUUAUGGCCCGUGGUUUGCAGUUGACUACCUUGCUGGAUGUUCAAGUUGUUCAAAUAUUCUUAAAGAAGAAGAUGACUUGAACUAUGUUUUGCAGAUGAAUAAUUAUUUUGUCAAAGAGCUUGAAGGUAAUGGACAUGAUCAAGAGCCCAUUCUACCGGCAAAUAAGCCAUCUGUACUUCUAUUUGUUGAUAGAUCAUCUGACUCCUCAGCAACUAGGGCAAAAAGUAAGGAAGCUCUUCAAGUUUUUAGAGUACUGGCCCAACACUAUCAUCACGUGAAUCAAACAGGUAAGAAGAAUAAUGAUAGUCAUGAGAAAUUUUCUGUUCGAGAUUAUCAUGGCUUCAAGAGUACAUCUGAACAUCCUAGGUUAAAGUUGUCUACAACAGCUCAGAAAAUUAAAUUAAAGGAGAAGAUUUCUUCCAUCAUGAUUAUAAAUGAGGGUAAGCAAGUUAGUUUAGACAAUGUACCUUCUGAUCUUCAAGGGAGUUCUUUGAACGAGAUAUUGGCUUAUGUUCUCCAGCAAAACAAGGAUAGAAAACUAAGCUCCCUGGCAAAGGAUUUAGGCUUCCAGCUUUUGUCUGAUGAUAUUGAUGUCAGGUUAGGUAAUACACAGCAAUCACAUUCAGAAGUUCAGUCAAAUCAAAUUUCAACAGAAACUUCUCAACCAGGCAAUACAGAUACUGUGAUGCUGAAUGGAGAUACACCUAGAUCUGCAGGAGAGCUUGAGGAAAAUCUCAACUUAAAUGAGCUCUCUUCUCAGCAUGAUGAAGUGAAGAGACCUUCUAUUGUCACACAUGAAGAGAUAGAGUCUUUUCAAUCUGAAGAAUCUGUUGCAGAUCAUGAACUUACUGCCACCAAAUUUAUGAUUCCAGAAACAGUUGAUUCUUCAGGUGGAAAUGAGUAUGGAGGAGAACAGAGUCAAUUUCUUGGUUUUAAUGGUUCUUUUUUCUAUUCUGAUGGUAAUUAUCAAUUACUUGAAAGACUCACUGGUGGUUGUGAAAUUCCAUCUUUGGUUAUAGUUGAUCCUUUUCAGCAGCAACAUUAUGUUUACCCUGUAGAGAAAAGUUUCAACUUUUCUUCACUGUAUGAUUUUCUUUCUGAGUUUCUUAAUGGAACCCUACUUCCAUAUCAGCGGUCGGAACAUGUUCUUCAAGGCCAAAGGGAGAACAUCCAUCCUCCAUUUGUUAAUUUGGAUUUUCAUGAGGUGGAUUCUAUACCUCGAAUCACGGCUCAUACUUUCUCUGAUCUUGUUAUUGGUUUUAACCUUUCUAACAAAGAAAAUACUUCUAAUGCAUGGAAUAGAGAUGUCCUGGUCUUGUUUAGCAAUAGCUGGUGUUCAUUCUGCCAGAGAAUGGAAAUGGUUGUUCAUGAAGUAUAUCGGGCCAUCAAGGGCUAUGUGGAUAUGUUAAACAGGGGAUCUCAGAAUAUGAAAGAAAAUUUGGAUCAUGUCACAAUGAAGCUUCCGAUAAUCUACUUGUUGGAUUGUACAUUGAAUGACUGUGAUUUGAUACUGAAGUCAGUAGAUCAGAGCGAAGUUUAUCCUGCUCUGAUUUUAUUUCCAGCAGAAAAGAAGAAACCUGUUCUUUAUGAAGGAGAUAUGGCUGUAAUUGAUGUUAUGAAAUUUGUAGCUGAGCGCGGAAGUAACUUUCAUCAUCUUAUAAGAGACAAAGUGGCAGUUCUGUGGCUAUCUGAAAGAGCAGUCAAGAAUCAGAAUUCGUAUGAUACUUUGCAACCUGAUAUCCACGAGGAAUCACUUCAUAUGCUCAACAAAUAUCAUGGUGCCCCGGGUGAAGACAGAAUGCUAGACCAGGUGUUCAGAUCUAACCUGAUGAAUUCACCUGUAUCAAACGGACUACAUGAAGCACUGCCUCAUGUGGCGAUUGGUUCAGUGCUAAUUGCCACAGAAAAGCUUUUGGGGGUUCAGCCAUUUGAUGGAUCAAAGAUUGUCAUUGUUGCAGCCAAUCAAGUAACUGGAUUUCAGGGUCUUAUCCUCAACAAACAUAUAGAAUGGAGUUUUCUGCCUAAUUUGGAAAAAGACUUGGAAAAAUUGAAAGAGGCUCCUCUGUCCCUUGGGGGUCCAGUAAUGAAAACUGGAAUGCCUCUUUUAUCCUUAACUAGAACUGUUUCCGGAAAUGAUUUACCUGAAGUCCUGCCUGGAAUUUACUUCCUUGAUCAUGUGAUGACAAUUCGUAAAAUUGAGGAGCUGAAGUCAGCAAAUGAACCAGUCGUGGAUUACUGGUUUUUCUUGGGGUAUUCAAGCUGGGGAUGGAACCAGUUACAUGAUGAGAUGAUGGAAGGAGCUUGGAACUUGAGUGAGGAUGCAACCAGACAUUUGAAUUGGCCGUGACUACCGUUUUUUUCACCAUCUUUACUGUACUAAUAACAUUUCUGUAGUCCUUGUUAAUUAUAGAAUUAACUUACAAAGCAUAUAUAGUUGAAAAUAACCAUCAUCCGUGAUUCA